CUCUCUCUCUCUCUCUCUCUCUCCGUCUCCGCAUCGACACUUCCGUCAUGUCGAAAAAUUCUAUUGAAUCGCCUGCAGAGCAGAAGCCGAUCCACACUAUCCUCCUAGACUCCUCACCACUUCUGCUCAACACACCUGGCAUAUCUACACUGCUGGCAAAUGGCCAUGUUCUUGUGACCACUCCUUCUGUGAUCGCUGAAAUACGAGGCGAGGAAGCGAGAACGAGAAUAGAGACACUUUACAAACCCUUUCUCGAAAUUCGGACCCCGAAACCCGAAAGCGUCAAACAUGUCAAGGAAUUCGCUAGGAAGACCGGUGACGGUGCCGUGCUCAGUCAGACCGAUUUUGAAGUACUUGCACUGGCAUACGAUCUUGAGUGUGAGCGGAAUGGAGGCGACUGGCGGUUACGAGCGACACCAAGACAAAAGAGAUUGAAUGGUGCACCCCCGCAGAAAGAGCCAGACGAGACUACGAAGCAGGAUGCGUCCACUGUCGAGGCCAUCCCGGUACAAAACGAAGAAACAAACCAUAACGACGAGCAAGUUUCCAUCGAAGCUCAUGUCAAGUCUAUGACUCUGCAGGACGGUGAGGUCGAGGCAGCCCAACCACAACAAGAACGUGAAGGGGUCGAAAUAGAGGAAGGCCGAGAGGAAUUGCCAUCUCAAGAAGACACAGAACAAGUCGUCGAAGUGCCGACGAAUGACGCACAAUCCGACUCGGAUGAUGGCUGGAUUACACCUUCAAAUAUCAAGAAACGGCAGGCCAAAGACGAGGCUGCCAAUAGCAAACCCAAGCCUAAAAGCGAAACGAAACAUUUACAGGUCGCCACCAUGACAGGCGAUUUCGCAAUGCAAAACGUACUGCUUCAGAUGAACCUCAACCUCUUGUCCACCAAAAACUGCCAACGGAUCUCACAGAUCAAGCAGUUCAUACUCAGAUGUCAUGGGUGCUUUGCCACCACCAAAGACAUGAACAAGCAAUUUUGUCCACGAUGCGGCAAGCCUACACUGACUAGAGUCAGCUGCACGACUAGCGACAAGGGGGAGGUGAAGUUGCACCUCAAAGCAAACAUGCAAUGGAACAAUAGGGGCAACGUCUUCUCGAUUCCUAAACCUACUGCUGGCACUUCGAAUCAGAAGUGGAAAGGACCUAGGCAAGGCGGCGGACAAGGUGGUUGGGGCGGUGAUUUGAUCCUGGCUGAAGAUCAGAAGGAGUACGUUAGAGCCAUGUCAACGAUGAAGAGGACGAAAGAGAAAGAUUUGAUGGAUCAAGACACGCUUCCUAGCAUUCUGACUGGCGAUCGAGGUCAGAACACUGGACGGAUCCGGGUGGGAGGCGGUAGGAACAUCAAUUCUCGAAAGAGGCAGUAGAAGUAUCGGAAAGUCUCGGAUUUUAACGAAGCCAUG